UCUUGUUUAAUGCAGCUGUGGGAGGAAACAACAAACACAGCAGGUUAAAUAGCGCCACCGAGUGGUGUUUGACUUUGAUGAUGAACUAAAAGGAUCCUUUUUCAAAAACUGCACAGACUCUGGUAUGACGGGAGCGCCUAUUGUCUUCAGCGGGAAAAGUUUAGUAAAAGUCGUUUUUUACACCAGUUGUAAACUUUUCUCUGGAUAAUUACUUUGUUCUUCUUUGCUGGACUCUGAAUCAAGCUGCGCAAAAACUUUUUUUUUUCCAGGAGUGUCAUUUUUUGUGUUUCUGACAUGCUCCACUUUGUUGCUGUGUUCAUUUUAUACUUAACAGGUGGCUCUGGAACCACAGUGUACGACAGCUACAAUGACUUUGUAGAAGAGGACCACACUCCUCAACUAGACUACAAAGACCCAAACUGGUGCCAUUCUCCGGGUUUGACCAAUGGAGAGGUGACCUGCCGCUCCCCUCAGGGCCGGGCCUACAUGAGCACGUUGGGCACCCGCUGUGAGAUGAGCUGCGAUCGAGGAUACCGACUGCUGGGGAGGAGCUCGAUACAGUGCCUCGCCAACCGACGCUGGUCAGGGACCGCCUACUGCCGCAUGAUGCGCUGCCGUGUGCUGCCCCUCAUUAACCACGGCAGAUACACCUGCACUCAUGGCUUCAUGGUGGACUCCAGAUGUGAAUUCACUUGCGACCGCGGCUAUCGCAUCGAGGGGGAACACUCACGCACUUGCCAGCGCCGGGGGUUGUGGAGCGGAGUACAGCCAGAGUGUGAAGAUACUGAUCCUCCAAAGAUCAAGUGUCCUCCGUCCAGAAUCAAGUUUGCUGAGCCUGGAAAAAUCACUGCUACAGUGACGUGGGACCCCCCCAAAGCUACAGAUACAUCUGAUAAAACACUGGAUGUAGUGUUAGUCGGCCAGGAGCCUGGCACCGACUUUAAAGAGGGACCAAACAUUAUCCGAUACAAAGUGUACGAUCAAGCCAGAAACAGAGCGGCAUGCAAGUUUAUUGUACGUGUUGAGGUGAGAAGAUGUACAGAACUUCCUCCACCUCUGCAUGGCUACGUCACCUGCUCCUCUGAUGGGAAUAACUAUGGUGCAACCUGUGAAUACCACUGUGACGGCGGAUAUGAGCUGAGGGGCACAUCUAGUCGGGUCUGCCAGUUCAACCGCAACUGGGGCGGAGACCCUGCUGAGUGUGUUCCAAUGGAGAUUAAAUCAGACGUAAGGACGGUCUCCGCUCUCCUGGAUCAGUUCUAUGAAAAGAGGAGGCUGCUGAUCAUGUCUGCGCCCAACAUCUCCGACUCUGACUACCAACUGCAGAACAUCAUGAUACAAAAAGCAGACUGUGGAUUAGACCUGCGUCAUGUAACUGUGAUCGAGCUCCUGGGCUCUCCACCUCGUGAGACAGGCCGCAUAAAAGAGAGUCUGCUGAGCUCUGAAGUCAUCGAGGGUUUGAGACAAGUGUUCAGAAUCUCCAGAUAUUACUUCAGCAUGUUGCUGCUGGACAAGCUUGGAUCGGACCGAGAGCGCUUCAUCACCCCGAUGGCGUCGGACGAGCUGUUCUCCUACAUCGACAGCUUCCUGCUGGACGAAGAGGAGCGAGAGCGGCUGGAGCUCCACAGGGAGUUCUGUGACUAAUUCAAUAAAAACCCCUCUGGUUGCCACAGCGAUAAGCUCAUCAGUAUUACUAAACACAAGAUGAGAACGGACAAACAACCAGGAAGCAGGUCCGGAGGGACAUUAGGAGGGGAAAGAGGACAAGAAGGCAGUUCCUCGUGUUAAUGUGAUCACCAAACAACACUGAAGUGCUAGCACUGUUUUCGCUCUCGAAUCUGAAAGGCAUGAAAAGGUCGGAAAAUGGACAUUACUGCGACAGAUUAUACAGACAAGCUUGAGUAAAACACAUUAUACAGAAAAUAAAUACAUUUUAAAUCAUAUAUACAUAAAAUUAGGUUGGAAGCAUGAUGGGGAUUUGUUUUUUGUUCUGAUAUUCAUUGAGAACUAAAACCACUUUUACAAAAGUCUACUAAGAAACACUUGGGUGGACAAAUUAUUUUUAAAUCCAGCUGGUAUGGACGAUCAAGCAUGUCUUUGUGUUUAGUAAAUUUUUUAUUGGGUGAACAGAAUAUUCAAAGCAACUUCAGAGUGUCUCUGAUUACACAGUUAAAAAUUAAAAAUCUACAUUUAUAUCAGCAAAUAGACAAAUUUAAUAAUUUCAAACAAGGCUUUUUGUGCAACUUAUAUAAAUACAGUUUUUAUAUGAAAGUAUUACAAUUUUGUUGGAUGUAACACCUAAAAUUUUGUAUAAUACCAGUUUAUAAUGGCUAGUUUUCCCACCUAUCAGUGUAACAACUACAUGGGAGAAGGUGACACAUUACGACACUCUUCCUGUGCUAAGUGCUGUGCAUGAAUUUGAAUUGCAAUAAUAUAUACAAACUGAAUUUUAAAAACAUAAAAUGUCUUUGUCAAUGCUCUUAAACUAAA